AAGGGACAGCUUCCGGCAAUUAGCGCCUGUGGUGCUCCCUCUUCGCCCCUUCCUCCUUUCACUUUGGGCCCCUCGGAGGCCAGUUUAAAAAAAAUGGAACCUUGUUCCUGUGACACUUUUGUGGCACUACCUCCAGCAACAGUUAAUAACAGGAUUAUUUUUGGAAAAAAUUCAGAUAGACCCUGUGAUGAAGUACAGGAGGUAGUUUAUUUUCCUGCUGCAGUUCAUGACAAUCUGAAGGAACAUCUUAAGUGUACUUACAUAGAAAUUGAUCAAGUUCCUGAAACAUAUGCUAUUGUCCUUAGUCGCCCAGCUUGGUUAUGGGGGGCAGAAAUGGGAGCCAAUGAGCAUGGAGUUUGCAUUGGGAAUGAAGCUGUAUGGGGAAGAGAAGAAGUUUGUGAUGAAGAGGCACUACUGGGCAUGGACCUUGUCAGACUUGGUCUUGAAAGAGCUGAUACAGCUGAAAAAGCCCUCAAUGUCAUUGUUGAUUUAUUAGAAAAAUAUGGCCAGGGUGGAAAUUGUUCAGAGGGCAAGAUGGUAUUUAGCUAUCACAACAGUUUCCUGAUAGCUGAUAGGAAUGAAGCCUGGGUUCUGGAGACUGCAGGGAAGUACUGGGCAGCAGAAAAAGUACAAGAGGGAGUUCGUAAUAUUUCUAAUCAGCUUUCUGUAACAACCAAGAUUGAUCGGGAACACCCAGACAUGAGAAGCUAUGCUAAGCAGAAAGGUUGGUGGGAUGGUAAAAAGGAGUUUGAUUUUGCUGCAACAUACUCUUAUCUUGACACAGCCAAGAUGAUGACUUCUCCAGGCAGAUACUGUGAGGGCUACAAGCUUCUGAAUAAACAUAAAGGAAACAUAACCUUUGAAACAAUGAUGGAAAUUCUCCGAGAUAAACCAAGUGGCAUUAAUAUGGAGGGAGAAUUCCUGACCACUGCAAGCAUGGUUUCUAUUUUACCUCAAGACUCCAACGUUCCUUGCAUCCACUUCCUUACAGGGACUCCUGAUCCUGAGAGAUCUGUUUUUAAGCCUUUCAUAUUUGUACCAAAUAUUUCACAACUAUUGGACACCAGUUCACCCACAUUUGAAGAUUCAGUUAAAAAGAAGCCACAGUUUAACAUUAAGCCUGACAGAAGACACCUACUCUACCAAAAACAUCAACAGGCCUUGGAAAUACUAGAUAAUAAGGAGGAAAAAGCCAAAACAAUGUUGGACAACAUGAGCAAACUGGAGAAGGAACUAUUCAAAGAGAUGGAAUCAAUCCUUCAAAACAAGCAUCUUGAUGUGGAUAAAAUUGUUAAUCUUUUUCCUCAGUGUACAAAAGAUGAAAUUAGAAUUUAUAAGCCAAAUAUUAGUUCUUAGUGAUCGCAUAAAUGGUCAGCAAUCUUCCUCAAAAUUAGAAUCUGUUACAUUGGUAAAUAAUAUAAAUUAAGUUUGAGCAGAUCUGAUUAUUCUUUAAUAGCAUUCAGGUGAUAGCUUGGCUAUUAAAACUACAUGUAGCCUUGAUGAAAUAUUGAGAAAGAAAAUAACAUUGGAAUUGGACACAUAUAUCAUGGAUAGCUGGGUAUCACUUUAAGUACCAACUUGUAUUUUUUUUUCUAGCCCCAAUACCUUUUUAAAAAUCACAGUAAUUAAAUAUCCAAUUCUGCAUAAAGCAUGAAACAUUAAAAUAAUGUAUACAUUUAUUAUAAUUAUAUAUUGUCCUCAAAUAAUUUUCUGAGUUACAACAGAAAGCAGAUUUUUUUUUAGUAAUGGAAAAUAUUGUCUCAACUAAUAAAUUUUUUGUGCUUUAGGCAAGUAUUAGCCAGCUCUAGCAAAAUUUUCUAGAUUUACACAUUGUCUUAUUCCAGUCUUUUAAUUAUGCAAAUGUUUUAUUAAACUCAGACAUGCUCUUUGUCAAGACUUAGCUGACCAGUGAGCUUUUAGCUCUAAUUAUCUAGCAUUUUUUCGCCCAUACCCCUUAACAGACUUUUAUGUUAAUAUUUUUAGAAGAGCUUUCCUGGGAGAUUAGGAAAUGGAAUAAGCCAAGACCUUAGGAGAUAUUAUUUUGGUGUCUCAAAUCUCUCUCAUCUUUUACUUCUGUUCAUUCAGUGAAAACAGGAACAGGAAUGAGACAGUGGUGAUGAAAUAGAAAUAUUAGCAUAUUAUGAACAUUAAGAACGUUAUAAUAUAUAAUAUAUUAUGAACCUUAUAUAUGAAUAAUAAUACCUGUCCAAAGAUUAUAAAACUCUGUUAAAGGGCUUCCCUGGUGGCGCAGUAGUUGAGAGUCCGCCUGCCGAUGCAAAGGACACGGGUUCGUGCCCCAGUCCGGGAAGAUCCCACAUACCGCAGAGCGGCUGGGCCCGUGAGUCAUGGCCGCUGAGCCUGCGUGUCCGGAGCCUGGGCUCCGCAACGGGAGAGGCCACAGCAGUGAGGGGCCCGCGUACCGCAAAAAACAAAAAAUAAACAAAAAAAACUUUGUUAAAGUUACACAGGGAUUACCAAGUAAGACUCAAAGUUGGAAAUAUAAACAAAAGAAAACUCCAACUCAAAAUAACACUAUGUUUUUAUUGGUUUCUAGAAAUUUCCAUUUUAGGUGUUUGAUUGCAUUAUGAUAUUUAUUGGUCACUAUCACUGCACUUAGGAUUAUUACUAAAAUAAUGGAUCAUUAUAUUUAAAGAGUCCUCAGAAAUUAUUUUUUAAAUUCUCUCAUAAAAAUCAUAAUCUGCCUGAUGGCUCUUGUCUAAUGCAGGGCUGCCAUUACAAAAGAACACUGUAUCAAAUGCUCAGUUAAUUCUGGUUUGCCUUACAUAUAAUUCAGUGAUAGGUUCUUCCUAAAUCAUGAAGCCCCUUGGGCAACCCCCAAAUGCCCCCCCUCUCUUUUUUAAUAUGUGAGGAAACUAAGGGUAAGCAGUUCAUUGAUUUAUUUAGGCACAGAAACGUGCCUCUCUCUAGGGCCCGCAUGUUUUCACUUUCUCCUUUGACACCAUGCUAGACCAAACUAGUACCAGGCUCUCACCUGGACCACUGCAGUUAAGUUCUUCUGCACCCAUUUUUGCUCUUUAUCUUCAUGCACAUGGGUCACUGCAGCUAGAGUGAUCUAUUAAAAUUUUAAAUAUGUUCAUGAAUUUCCCUCCUAAAACUUUUUUUAAAAAAUAGACUUUAUUUUUAGAGCAGUUUUACGCUUAAAGCAAAAUUGAGAAGAAAGUACAGAGUUCCCAUGUACCCCUGUUCCUCUGUCCUCCCCUCCACCAUCAACAUCCCCCACCAGAGUGGUACAUUUGUUAUAACUGAUGAACCUACACUGACACAUCAUUAUCACCCCAAAUCCAGAGUCUACAUUAGGUUUCACUCAUUAUACAUUCUAUGGGUUUGGAUAAAUGUAUAAUGACGUGUAUCUACAAUUAUAGUAUCAUACAGAACAGUUUUACUGCUCUAAAUAUCCUUUGUGCUCCACCUAUUCAUCUCUCCCUUCCCCUAACCCCUGGCAAUCAUCUUUUUACUGUCUCCACAGUUUUGGCUUUUCCAGAAUAUUGUAUAGGUGGAA